AUGUUAAAGAAGCCACCAGGACAGAAAAUUGCCAAGGCUAACUCAUUUGGCGUAAAAGUUGUGAAUUCUUGGAAUUUACCUGUCAGAGAAUAUUGUGAUGACACCGAAUCGAAAUAUUUCGUAUUUGGGAUAAGUUUAGUAAGGUGUAUCGUCUACCUUAGCGGUUAUGUUGGAUUACGAGAAUUGGCAAUACUGGCUGCUGUCUCGACCAGGGAGGCGGGAGACUCACACGGUCACCUCAGUCGUCGUAUUUACACAACCUGGAGAAGAUGUCACCCAUACUUGGCUAUUGGAAGAUCCGCGGCCUGGCACAGCCGAUUAGACUUCUUGAAGAUACACUGGCACAGGUUUGAAGAUAAAAUAUACAGGUGUGGGACCAGCCCCCGAACCGACAAGUCAUGUUGGUUCGAUAUCAAGAACGACAUGGUCCUAGAUUUCCCAAAUCUUCCAUACUACAUUGAUGAUGACAAGAAGGUCACUCAGAGUAAUGCGAUCAUGCGUUACAUUGCACGAAAGCAUGACCUGUGUGGCAAGACAGAAGAGGAGAAGAUUCGUGUCGAUAUCCUCGAGAAUCAGGCCAUGGACUUUAGAAAUGGCUUUGUCAGGCUCUGUUAUCUUGAGUUUAACCUUCAGAAGCAGCGGUACCUAGAUGCUCUUCCCAACACCAUAAAGAUGUUCUCGGCUUUCCUAGGAGAUCGGAAAUGGUUUGCUGGAGAGAAUAUCACAUUUGUGGACUUCAUAAUGUAUGAGCUGCUGGAUCAGCACUUGCAGCUCAGUGAUAUCUGCCUCAAGGAUGCCAAGAACCUUAAGGAAUUCCAAAAGCGAGUGGAAGAACUGGAGCCGAUCAAGAAGUACAUGUCUUCACCCAGGUUCCUGAAGGUUCCAUUAAACAAUAAAAUGGCCAAGUUUGGAGCUAAUUAAGUACAGGGUACUGUAAUAAUUUUGUUGUCAUAUGAACCUUGAAUACUGUGAUGAAGUCUAUAAACAUGAGAUAUAGUAUGGAAGUACAGUACAAGAGGCAUUAUUGUGUCCUGAGUUAAAAAAUUCCUUGGCUUUACAAAUAUUAUACUUGAAAGAAAUGUGUGCCAUCGAUUGUCAUGAAUUCACUUAGUAAAUGGUCAUAUGGGAAACAAAGUAUUCAUGGUCUUCCAUUUCACCAAAUUGUUCUUUACUUGCCAUUUAAUGAACAUGUAUUUGCUUAUUCACUGUUAGUGGAUCUUGUUUACUGUAUAGAUCGGUUGGAGAAUAUUUUGAGAGAAGUAAUUAUACUAAGUAUUGUAGUGUACUGUAUUUGUGUAACUGAUGGUAGUACAGUAUGGCAGUGCCAAUCAAAAAAGCAUUGAUAAGUAGUGUUUGAGAGUUAUUAUGUGAAGUACAUUGCUCAUGGUUAAUUUAGUGAAGUAAGCUAUAGUGUACAAGCACUGGUAUAGUACUGUAGUUUUAAGCAGUCUUUUGUUUCAUGGUUCUUAUCUGAUUAGCAAUUAGCUUAUAUAUUUUAUACCGUGUAACCUGAUCAUAUCUUAUUGUACUGGAGAACAAAUAACUUAGUUUGGUUCAUGUGAACAGUGAAUGGUGUAGUAAAUAUAGAUUAAUAAAUUUUCUAGACUAA